CUCUCAGGGACCUGAAGGGUCCUUUCAGUGUCAGAGCCACCCUGCAGUGGAUGGACCUACUGCUGGCGGCCCUGGACUGCUACAACCCCUUCAUCAACUUGCAUGUAAUCAAGCCUCAGCACAUGCUUAGUGAGUGUGUUGCUGAAUGGCAUGCUGGACCACAGCUUUAGGGAGCGCUCUGUGAGGAAGACUCGGGGAAAACAGCUGGUCGAAGAGGUGCCGAGACGAUGGAAAAGCCUGCAGUCGUGGUGGGAAGGACACUCGUCAACUCCAGAGAGCAAAACUGCCACUCUUCUGCUGCUCUCCAAGCUCCUACAGAUCGACUCCUCUGUCUGCUCUGAUAUCAACCAUGAAGCAUUCAGGCCGGUGUUUUCCACUUUCACUAUGCUGCUGGUUGACAUGAAUCUGCCUCUGACCUCAAGGUAUGGAGAGGAUAUACGGCAGAUUACUUCAAAUGACUUUUUUGAUGAAAGUCAGGCCCUGUUGGUGUUGCCCUUCUUCACAAUUCUCCCAGAGGAGCCACUGGCUGAGCUGCAGAGAGCUCUGGACGCCCUGGUAGCUUCCCACUUCCCCAUGCAGUCAGAUGAGUUUGCUAAGGGCUCGCUUCAGCGCAACAACUACAUGGACUGUGUCCGAAAGUUGCUGGAUGCCCUAGAGCUUUCUCAGAGCCCCCUCCUGCUCAAACUGAUGGCAGGGAUUCUGUGUCGAGAUAGAAAACACAUCAUGGAGGAGCACUUCCAAACCUGUUUCCAAAGAAUUGCAAAGCGGUCAAGCAGCGAGCGGCAGCUGCAGCUAAUGUGUGCAGUGUAUGGAGUGAUCCAGCGGGGCGACGUGCUGAUGAGCUCCACUCAGCUGACAUGACCUGAAUUCUUCUUGCAUCAGAUUUCCACCUUGUGGCUACAAUAAGAGAAACUGAGGAAGGACUUCACAGCUGUGAAGGAGCUCGACGAUGUGAGCAGUGAGCAGCACACCCACUCAAUAAACCAGCUUCUGAAGAACAUCAGCACCAACCCUGAGAGUCUGCAGGAGCUCAGCUGGAUGAAGGAUGAACUGAUUAGAUGUUGGUGGUCAAAGGUCACUGUGAUCACACACAACACAUUUUUGACCAUAUAAUGUAGCUGGAAUGCAGCAUAUCAAAGUUUUGAACUGGAACAUUGAGGAAACGAGGCAGCAGCAUUGUCCAGUGACAGUUUUCACAGUUGAUGUAUUCCUGAUGUGUGUAGGUUUAAUUCCUAAACACAUGUUAAUUUGCCUUGGCCUCAGGAACGGCUUCUGUAUUCAUUUGUUUCUUCACCAUCUUGACCUCUCCUAAUCUUAGAUCCCUGUGAAUAUCUGGGUCAUCUUCUACCCUCGCAGCUGUGCAGAGCAGGCUGAGGAGCUGUCGCCACUUUCAACAAGGUGGCCAGGCCUGUUGGGAUGCGUCUGGAGCGGCCCAUUUGUGUGGAGCUUUGUGUGGGAAGCACCUUCAUCAUGACUCCCAUCGGCCAUUUGUUCCUUCUUGUCUGGAUGUCCUUCAUUAGUAUAACAUCGCCUUCCUUAAGGUUUGCUCUCUUGUGUCACCAUUUCUGCUGCAUCUGGAGUGCACUCAGGAUUUCCUUUCGUCAUCUUGCCCAGAAUGUCUCUGCCAGGAACUGCACUCUCUUCCACUGGUGCUUGAAGAGGUCUUUGUUGGUCUAUUGAACUAGUCAUUAGGACUGUAAAUGUGUGGUCUAGUGACAGUACAGAGGAGCUGAGAAGAUGCAUUCUGUCUAUAGACUUGAACAUUGUCUUCCAGGAUAAAGAUAUUGACCUGGUCACAGACUCGAACUCUGUAUUUUUUCUGUGUGGAUCUAAUCAUUCCUUAGAUACCUUACUGUUGAAAGACCAAACCCAAAUAAUAAACACUUUGUCACUAAAGAACUGAAGGAAUGUUUUCAUAGGAAGAAAAUGGCCUCCAGAUCAGGAGACACUGCAGAACAAGAUUUGUUUCAAUCUGAUACAAAGAAAUGCUGAGUUUCAGUUUGAGAGUGAAUUGUGGACAGAAGUCCGGGUUCCCUUCAUGUUCUAUGGUCAUAAACAUUGAUCUGUCCCUCUGUCAGUUAAAUGUAUGAAUGGGCAGCUCCUGGCACACAGACGGACAAAGCUUAGCAGAGGUAGCACAGGCAGGUGCUGUGAUAUGUCUGUGAUAAAUGUCAUUCUUCAGUAUUUUAACCGCUGAUAAAGCUAAAAUAGUUGAAGUGGCAUUUGACUUGCAGUGAAACAUGAAACGCUCUACGAUAAAUACAGCCACUGGAGGAUUUUGCUGUUUUAUUUUGUAUUAAUUCAAAAUGAGCAUCAGGUGGUUCCUGAAAUCACAAACAGUCUGUCUUCAGCCCGUUGACCCUGGUGUUGUCCUCUGUAACAGGAGGAAUCUGAAGGUUCUGCUGAUCUGACAAAAUAAAAACGAUGAGAUCCUGGUACAGAUGAAAGAAAGUUACAUGUAUCUCUUCUGCCAUGAUCCAGAGUGUUAAUCAACACAAACCAUGUUAAGAUAUCAGUCAGAUGAUUUCCAGGUGACAAACUAUCACAGCUGGGAACUUGAAAGUGCUCUGUGUUAUAUCUAACUCAGGCUGCUGAAGCCUCACAUUAACUUCAGAAUAACUGUGGAAUAUAUUUGUGCACAGAAUGAGCACUGUGGAUUUUGUCCCCAUCACUUACAUUGGACACUGACUGGGGGGCUCUCACUGAUAAAUAUGAACAGGAAGAAUGUUUACAGCAGGUAAAAACUGCAGCUGACUAUUACUUAAAGACAGACUGUCUUAAAGCAGAGAUUCACAAUUUUUCCAGAGACCCAAAUCUCAGCAGUGUUUUCAGAUUGGUCAAGGCUUGUCCGUCUCCACAAUUCUACAGGUGGAGACAGCAGUGUAGGCUGAUGGCAAAGGAUGGUGGUGGACUAGACCAGUAAGUCCAGGUGACCUUUACAUUUCAGAUCCACUUUGUUAAAGGAAAUAAAUGCAAAUUGGAAAGUAGGACUGCAGUCACUGAUGACUUGUGACACAUGAAGCUUCUGUUUCAUCCCAACUGGAAAUACAACUCAGGAUGCUUUCCUGAUGGAAGCGGUACAAACAGUCUGUGACCCGGAUGGCUGGGGUCCGUGGCGAUGGAUCCUGACCCGGCCUUCAUAUGUAGAGUCUAGGUCAGGAAGGGGGCGGCC